AUGGAAACAAAUCUACCUACUCCUCCCCAGGAGGAUCAAAAAUCGCAGAGCUCGAGGAAAAGCUCGGCGUCGAAGCAGGUCAAGGCAGUACACCGGCCGACUAAGCGGGCGUCCACGACGCACUCGCACCCGCACCCGCACUCACAUCCCUCUCCCACCCACGACAGCAAUUCCGCCGAUGGCCGGCAUAAGAGGUGUGAUGGAGAAUUCCCCUGCAAGAGGUGUAAGGAUGACGGCCUUGUCUGCACGGCCGGCACCCGAAAGAAGACGGAAUACAAGCAAAUACCAAAAGGAUACGCCGAGGUACUCGAGCACACUCAAUUCGCCCUCAUCGCGACGGUGCACAAGCUCUACGCCAUGGUCCGCAGCGGACAACAAUGGGACCUGGGCGAGCCCGAACUGAACGACCGCGGCCAGCCGGUGAUUCACAACAUCGCCUCCAAGCUGGGGUGCAUCCGGCCCAACAGCGACAUGGACCUGCCCGUCCACUCGGUCUUCCCCGAGGACGAGGCAGGCCUCGCCGAGCUGGCCCGCCAGCUGGAGUCGCAACAGCCCGAGCAGUCCCCGAUCAAGACCGAGGUGGACUGCAGCCGCACCGACCGCGCGAGCUCCUCGGAGCUCGACCACUCCGACUUCGAGCAGGACUACCGCAAGUCCGUCUUCGGCGGCGCCAACAACGGCGGCGCCACGCUGUCGCCGCAGAGCCUCACGUACAGCGACUUCGAGUCCGUGCCCAGCGCCAGCCACCACCACCAUCACCAGCAGCAGGGCGGCGAGAUGUUCCCGCCCCAGCCCGCGAACGUGCCGACGUCCUUCCCGGCCUGGAUGCCCAGCCAGCCCACGGCGAUGGACAUGAGUCAGCAGUUCAUGCAGCCGACCCCUUCGUUUAUGAACAUGGACCUCCUGAACCAGGGCCUCGUGGAGUCGAGUUUCGGGACCAUCAAGCCCCAUAUCCUGUCGUGCCCGAAUCCCGAGGUUAUGAUGGGCAUGGGCGACCCCAUGAUCUACUCUGGCUACGACGCCGACUCAUUACGGAUGUGA